GUAGAAGAGGCGUGUCCUAAUCUGUCAAACUAACCGAAGAACAACAAACACAAACCGAAGGUUGAGAGGCUCCGGUGGUCGGCGAGAGGUCUCAUCACUAACCUCGUUACUGGGACACAAUAUAGCUGUAAUGUUCCGAAGAAAGGUCCGUAAAACGGGCUGAACACCUGCACCAACAGCCGUUACCGGACUGGAUGUAAGAUAAACCAAACAGGAAUGGGGACGUUGGGUUGUUGAAAACACCCUUUCCUCCCAUCUCUGCUGCGUCUGAGCUGUGCAGCCAUGGAUUCCUCUGAUGAAGAGGAGGAGCGCACCUUCGUCCGGGUCCUCAGUGAGAAGUACAACCCGGAGAAUUUCCCCUACGGCCAAGGUGUGGUGGUUCUGCCCAGCCCUCCAGGAUCUCCUGUUAAAGACCGACUGUUCCUACCCAGCGUUCUGGUUCUGAAUGACUGCGGGAUCAGCAAAGCUGGCGACAGGUCCGACAUCGAAGCGUUCUGUGCUCAUGUCCUGGAGCUGGACCUGGCCUAUAAUCAGCUCAAUGACUGGGAAGAGAUCAGCACCAUCGUCUCCAGCAUCCCUCACCUGGACUUCCUCAACCUGAGYAUGAACCCGCUGAGUGGCGUGCAGCUGCAACCCAGCGUGGCCGACGUCUUCUCCAGGGUACGACGACUCGUCCUCAUCAACACGCAAGUCAGCUGGGACACGGUGCACACUCUCACGCAGCACACGCCAGAGCUGAAGGAGCUCUUCCUCUGCCUGAACGGCUACGACUCCGUGUCCGAGUCCCAGGCUUCCUGUCCGUCGUUGAGCCUGCUGCAGAUCACCGGCAACCAGCUGCAGGACUGGGCCGAGGUCAGGAAGUUUGGCCGGCUGUACCCCAGUCUGAGCACCCUGGUGCUGGCCAACAACAGCGUCAGCUCUGUGGGCGACACCAAGGAAACACUGGAGGGUCUCUUCCCUAACCUGCGCAGCAUCAACCUCAACAACUCAGGUCUCAGCCAGUGGGAGGACAUCGAAAGGCUGAACUUCUUCCCUAAACUGGAGGACGUCAAAGCUCAGGGGAUUCCUUUGCUGCAGUCGUAYAGCACCCAGGAGAGACGCAGCCUCCUUUUAGCACAGCUGCCAUCUGUGAUGGUUUUAAAUGGGAGUGCCAUUUCUGACGGAGAGAGGGAGGACGCAGAGCGGUUCUUCAUCCGAUACUACCAGGACUGUCCUGAGCAGGAGCUUCCUCAGAGGUAUAACGCCCUCGUGUCCAAAUACGGCCACCUGGCCCCGCUGGCCGAGGUGGACCUGAGACCGCGCGGCACCCUGGUGGAGGUCCGCUGGGGGGACCGGGUAGAGCCGGUCACCCUCCGCCUGGAGCAGACGGUGGGCGACCUGAAGAAGCAGCUGAAGACUCUGCUGCAGCUGCCCUCCAACGGCAUCCGUCUCUUCCACAUCGACAAAGAGAUGAGCUCCGUGUUYGGACCCGAGGAGCUGAAGUGCGGCUUCCGGGCGCUUCACUCCUACAGCAUCCAAGACGGCGACGAGAUCCUGGUGGUGCUCAAAGAGAAAAACCGCUGCAGCUCCUCGGACUUUUGAGGAAGGACGCUCUCGUGCUUCGGAUGAGAAAUUAAAAACGAACAGAGACAAAGCUUUUAUUUGAUAAGAAAGACUUCUCCCAGAGUUGAAUGUAAGGAAGUUUAGAAAAAUAAGGCAACAUUAAAUUUGCACAUUGAAGCGUUUGACCCAAGAUAGCUUCAAAGGAAUUUAGUAAAGUUUAAAAUUUAGCUGCUUUGUUUUUCUGGUGUAAGGUGGGUCUACACUUAAGACCUUUACUUUAACUAAACGUGAAAUUUGGGCCAUAAAAUAGUCAAAUGUAGGUGCCAAAGAYGAGACAAACUAUGCAAAACGUAUCCAGGGUUUCCCUCAAAAACCCAGGAGUGCUAGAGCUGCUAAAAAAUGUUUAAAGUUGAUAAGAAAUUUGAAAGUAUAACUAGAUAAUUAUGUGUAAUUGAAAGACAUUGCUGACAAAACCUAAACACACAAUUAUAGGCUUUAAAAAAGACAAACGUACAAUUCAAAUGUAAUUAUAUUUGCUUAAAUCUUAAUGAAGUAAUUAGUCAGUGAAUCUUAAAAAAACGUUCGUAUUUAAAAGUUGAAUAAAUGUAGAAAAUUUUUACCUGAAAUAGACAAUAGCUGCGUUUCUAUUGACCAUAUAACUGCACCGUUUGACAUCUGGAAAAUACAUUUGUUUCAUGGAAACGUGCUAGUUAUCGUUUUUCCAUGGAAAAGCUUUGCCGUUAAGAUGAGGUAGGUUUUUUAGCUGUAUCAAAAUUAGUUUAUCUCACAAAACUGCAAUGGAAUUUUUUUUUUACAUUAUUUAAUGGAAACACCACAAUUGAGAAAUAGUUUUUUAUCUGACAUUAGUGUAAUAUUGACAAAGUUUGUGCACAUUUGUAAUGGAAAUGUAGUUAAUUAUGUAGUAAUUCAUGCAGAAGAAGCCCAAACCAACGAUGGAGUAUGCAUAAUCAUUCGUCAGCAGACUUUUUGUAGUGAUAAAAUAUUUGAUCAAUAUUUACAUUUUCUAAUAACUUGAGCAUAAAUUUCUCCUUUCUCCUUUUAGAAUGACAGCUUAUCUGCAAAUUUAAUUAAAUAUCUGUUUACCUGUUCAAAGAGAGGGAGUCCAGCGGAGGAGAAUACCGUAAAAAAAAAAAAAAA